CGAGAACGUGUGGUGCACCCGCGAAUUUACAUCGGUGGUGCCUUUCCCAGUCAGAUGUUAGCAUUCCCAGCUCAUUCAACUUUAUUUUCUCAAAUCUUCUGUCUCCUUUGAUGGCUGGGGACGGCGGGGGAGGGGGUGGAUGGAAAGGAGCUUUGGAGAAAGCUGUUCGACCCUGGCUAACUAGAGCUGAAUUAAAGUUGUAAACGUUCGAAUUUAAUCCUGGCUGGACACAAUUUGCAAUGGACUCUGAGAUGGGGAAGGAGGUGAAUGGGGGCGGGGAGGCACCGCGAGGGAGGGGGAGGGGAUCCAACCCAGCUGAAUGGAUGUGCACUUUUGAUCCAGCGGAGAACCCAAAUUUCAAGGAGGUAAAAUGCACGUUUGCUGCCCCCCAGUAACUUUGGAACAGGACCUUCACAGAAAAAUGCAUAGCUGGAUGCUGCAGACUCUAGCAUUUGCUGUAACAUCUCUCCUCCUUUCCUGUGCAGAAACCAUCGAUUAUUAUGGGGAAAUCUGUGACAAUGCAUGUCCUUGUGAGGAAAAGGACGGCAUUUUAACUGUGAGCUGUGAAAACCGGGGGAUCAUCAGUCUCUCUGAAAUUAGCCCUCCCCGUUUCCCCAUCUAUCACCUCCUGUUGUCCGGAAACCUUUUGAGCCGCCUCUAUCCCAAUGAGUUUGUCAAUUACACCGGGGCUUCAAUUUUACAUCUAGGUAGCAAUGUUAUCCAAGACAUUGAGACCGGGGCUUUCCAUGGGCUGCGGGGUUUGAGAAGACUACACCUCAACAAUAAUAAGCUGGAACUUCUGCGAGAUGAUACCUUCCUUGGCUUGGAGAACUUAGAGUACCUGCAGGUCGAUUACAAUUACAUCAGUGUCAUUGAAGCCAACGCUUUUGGGAAACUGCACAAGCUGCAGGUGCUCAUUCUCAAUGACAAUCUCUUGUCAGGUUUACCCAACAAUCUUUUCCGUUUUGUGCCCUUAACGCACUUGGACCUGCGGGGGAACAGGCUGAAACUUCUGCCCUAUGUGGGGCUGUUGCAACACAUGGAUAGAGUUGUGGAAUUACAGCUGGAAGAAAAUCCCUGGAAUUGCUCCUGUGAACUAAUUUCUCUCAAGGAUUGGUUGGACAGCAUCUCCUAUUCAGCCCUUGUGGGUGAUGUGGUCUGUGAGACCCCCUUCCGUUUACACGGCAGGGACCUGGAUGAGGUAUCCAAGCAGGAGCUUUGUCCGAGGAAACUUAUUUCUGACUACGAGAUGAGGCCGCAGACCCCUUUAAGCACCGCGGGGUACCUACAUACCACCCCUGCCUCUGUCAACUCUGUGGCCACUUCUUCCUCUGCUGUUUACAAACCUCCCUUGAAGCCUCCUAAGGGCACCCGCCAGCCCAACAAACCCAGAGUGCGGCCCACCUCCAGACAGCCCUCUAAAGACUUGGGCUACAGUAACUAUGGCCCCAGCAUAGCCUACCAGACCAAAUCCCCGGUGCCUUUGGAGUGCCCCACAGCAUGUACUUGCAACCUGCAGAUAUCUGAUCUGGGCCUCAAUGUCAACUGUCAGGAGCGCAAGAUCGAGAGUAUAGCGGAGCUGCAGCCCAAGCCCUACAAUCCCAAGAAAAUGUAUCUAACAGAGAACUACAUCACGGUUGUGCGCAGGACAGAUUUCCUGGAAGCCACAGGGCUGGAUCUCCUGCACCUGGGUAAUAACCGCAUCUCCAUGAUCCAGGACCGGGCCUUUGGAGAUCUCAGCAACCUGAGACGCCUCUAUCUGAAUGGCAACAGGAUUGAGAGGCUGAGCCCAGAGUUGUUCUAUGGCCUGCAGAGCCUCCAGUAUCUCUUCCUCCAGUACAAUCUCAUCCGUGAGAUCCAAGUUGGGACUUUUGAUCCAGUCCCAAACCUCCAGCUGCUAUUCUUGAAUAACAACCAACUGCAGGCCAUACCUUCAGGUGUCUUCUCCGGCCUGACGCUUCUCAGGCUGAACCUGAGGAGUAACAGCUUCACCUCCUUGCCAGUGAGCGGAGUUUUGGAUCAGCUAACCUCGCUCAUUCAAAUCGAUCUACACGACAACCCUUGGGAUUGUACCUGCGAUGUGGUGGGCAUGAAACUGUGGAUCGAGCAGCUAAAAGCGGGCGUGUUGGUGGAUGAGGUGAUCUGUAAGGCGCCCAAGAAAUUCGCAGAGACCUACAUGCGCUCCAUCAAGUCAGAACUGCUGUGUCCGGACUAUUCCGAUGUGGUGGUGUCCACGCCCACGCCCUCUUCUAUCCAGGUACCAUCCAGGACCAACGCAGCUACAACAGCUGUGAGGUUGAACAGCACUGGGGCCCCUGCAGGCUUAGGUGCCGGCACUGGGGCGUCCUCGGUGCCCUUGUCGGUGUUGAUCCUUAGUCUGCUACUGGUUUUCAUCAUGUCUGUUUUCGUGGCAGCAGGCCUCUUCGUGCUGGUCAUGAAACGUAGGAAAAAGAACCAGAGCGACCACACCAGCACAAACAACUCCGACGUGAGCUCUUUCAACAUGCAGUACAGCGUGUAUGGGGGUGGAGGCGGCGGCGGGGGCGGCCACCCACACGCGCACGUGCACCAUCGCGGACCAGCGCUGCCCAAGGUGAAGACUCCCGCGGGCCACGUGUAUGAAUACAUCCCUCACCCACUGGGCCACAUGUGCAAAAACCCCAUCUACCGGUCUCGAGAAGGCAACUCCGUGGAGGAUUACAAAGACCUGCAGGAGCUCAAGGUCACCUACAGCAGCAACCACCACCUGCAGCAGCAGCCGCCGCCACCGCCUCAACAGCCCCAGCAGCAGCCCCCUCCGCAGCUGCAGCUGCAGCCUGGGGAGGAGGAGAGGCGGGAAAGCCACCACUUGAGGAGCCCCGCCUACAGCGUCAGCACUAUCGAGCCCCGGGAAGACCUGCUGUCGCCGGUGCAGGACGCUGAUCGCUUCUACAGGGGCAUUUUAGAGCCAGACAAACACUGCUCCACCACCCCUGCUGGUAGCAGCCUCCCGGAAUACCCUAAGUUCCCAUGCAGCCCGGCUGCUUACACUUUCUCCCCAAACUAUGACCUGCGACGCCCCCAUCAGUAUUUGCACCCUGGGGCAGGGGACAGCAGGCUGCGGGAACCGGUGCUCUACAGCCCUCCGGGUGCUGUCUUUGUAGAACCGAACCGGAACGAGUACCUGGAGUUAAAAGCAAAACUCAAUGUUGAGCCGGACUACCUCGAAGUGCUGGAAAAACAGACCACAUUUAGUCAGUUUUAAAAACAAAGGAACUCCGUUGGAGCUUUUGGGUUUAAAACAAACAGGCAAGCAGACACACUCGGUGAACACAUGUGAUUAAUUGUGUCGUUUCAACAUUUAGGGCGAAGUGCCUUGGCACGGGAUUCUCAGCUUCAGAGGAAGCUAGCUGAAAGGGUGUGCGAUUUCUUUUUAAUUUUACACGUGGGAAACAUUUGUGUAAACUAGGCACAUCACUUUCUCUUCUUGUCUGUGGGGGAAAAGAGAAGGGCUUUUCGGGAGGGCGAUUUGCAUCAAGGGUGACCUUAAACACGUUGUGGUCCCUUUGCAGUGCUCUGAAGUUCCAAGAAGGGUGGGGGUGGAAGCAGCUUAAAUUCUACUCAUCCUUUAGGCUCCCCUUCUCACAUCCUUCUUCUCCUUAGAGCCUUGACUUUGGUUAAGAGAUUAGCACACCCCAACUUUAAUAGGAAGUUUAUCCUCUCUCACUUCUCCUCCCUCCCCUCCCACCUUCUUAAUCCUUUCCUUUGUUUUUAAAGGAUGUGUUUGUAUGCAUUCUGGACAUUUGAAUUAAAAAAAAAAAAUCUUGUGAUCCAGAAAGGCUCACUAUAGAUGUGGACAAAUCAUUAAAAUUACAGAGCUAUAUGAUCCAUAAUUGAUUAGUCAAAAUAACUUAUUGAUGAAAUAUACAAAUAUUUUAUUGUAGCACCUAUUUUUAUAUGCACAUUUAGCAUUCCUCUUUCCUUCACUAUUUAGCCUAUGAUUUUCACAGAGGCAUUGUUGCACUGUAUUAGGAGCUGCAUUUCCAAAACUAGAGUGAUAUCAGAAAGGCCUAUUAAAUAUUUAAAUACAAGGAGCACUUAAUGGCAAAAGUCUUUAAAAGUACAUAAAACCCAUCCAAUGGGACCUGCAAGUAAAAAAUAGUUAACUAAAAAAAAAGAAAAAAAAUAAGAAAAAAAAAUGAAGCUGAUUGUAUCCCACUGUAUAAAACGGUAAAGAUGGGGCAAUUCAUUGGGUUGUUCCAUUGAAAAAAUGUUUUGGUUAUAUCAGAGAAAGUUGAAAAGCAUUCUUAUUAGUGAACCAAAAUGAUGUAUUGGUUUGACUACUAUUGUAGCCGAUUUCCGAUUGUGUAACCAAACCCAGUUGCAUUUGUACAGAUCCACUGGCACUUGCACCUCAGAAGACCAAAUGAUGGGCUGUACAAGUCUCUGUGCAAUGUCUUUAUCCCUCUGGGCAGAUGCUAAUGACAAACAGGAUCUCUGUAAGACAGAACUACUAUUGUUAUGUAUCCCAGCACAUGUAAUUUUUUAAAUAGUUUCUGAAUAAACACUUGAUAACUAUGUCAA